GCCCUCGGUCGUGCGGGGUUCCGGCGGUUGUGUCAGUCAACCGGGAGAAGGUGUUGACAGUUGACAGUUCUUCGCGGCAUGGCUAGCUAACGUUAGCAGGGUGCUAGCCGGGGCAGCCGGCGUCUCUGCGGCCGGACACAAGCCCACCGAUGCCGCAAUAUUCCAUCCUCUAACCUUGUGCACCUGUGACAACUCCUUGCCCUUGCCCUUACAUUUGCACCAACCCCUGUUCCUGCAUCUGCCCAUGUCCCUGCCCCAGCAAAAAAGAGACAACAAAAGAAACUGUUGCCUUCAUGGAGAAUCAAUGCUGUAAAAAAACGAAUUACCUGACCGUCACCUGAGCGCAUUAGCCCAACUCACUUUGCCUCAGCCGUGCCUGUGAUACCUCGCACCAAUCAACCCCCCACGCCCUUUUCCCUCCCUGCACCUCUUUCUUUUCCAAGGGCCUCGCCAUGGCGUCCGUACGGUUCACAGUGACACCAACCAAGGCGGAGGACCUCCCUGGGCUGCCGGACACCUCGCCUGAAAUCGUCUCUCGUUCUGGUACUCACGUACGCUUUGGCUCCCGGGAAAGCGUCAGCCGAAGCGAGCCUCAUAGCGAUGCCUCGGGAGGACUCACAACAACAGCGGGAGGAGGCGGGACAGAAAUUCCAUGCCACAGCAAUAUGGAGCAAGGGGAUGGAAAUUCUAAAAUCUCCAGCGUGUAUAUCAACAACAGCCAUGGUGUGGAUGACGAUGACUUGUACGACAGAAACCUGGCCCUUUUUGAGGAGGAGAUGGACACCCGGCCUAAAGUGUCGUCUCUGCUCAGUCGGCUGGCCAACUACACCAAUUUGACGCAGGGGGCCAAGGAGCACGAGGAGGCUGAGAGCAUCGGUGAAAAGAAGAAAGUCAGCAAGUCGCCGCAGAUGGGGACUUUCAUGGGCGUCUACCUGCCGUGCUUGCAGAACAUCUUUGGCGUCAUCUUGUUCCUGCGUCUGACCUGGGUGGUGGGGACCGCUGGUGUGCUGCAGGGCCUCUGCAUUGUCUUUAUCUGCUGCUGCUGUACGCUGCUGACCGCCAUAUCGAUGAGCGCAAUAGCAACUAACGGAGUGGUUCCAGCUGGAGGCUCCUACUUCAUGAUCAGCCGCUCUCUGGGUCCAGAGUUUGGGGGUGCAGUCGGCCUGUGCUUUUACCUGGGCACCACCUUUGCCGGAGCCAUGUACAUCCUGGGAGCCAUCGAGAUCCUACUGAUGUACAUCGCUCCCGAUGCAGCCAUCUUUGCUGCCAAAGGGUUGGAAGGCGAGGCUGCGGCCAUGUUGAAUAACAUGCGUGUCUAUGGCUCAAUCUGCCUCCUCCUCAUGUCUCUGCUAGUCUUUGUGGGUGUCAAAUAUGUCAACAAGCUGGCCUCCGUCUUCUUAGCCUGCGUCAUUGUCUCAAUCGUCUCCAUCUAUGUCGGCGCGCUGGUCUCUGCUUUCAAGCCGCCCAAUUUCCCAGUGUGUAUGCUCGGAAACAGAACCAUCAACAGCCACGAUCUGGUUGACGACCAUUGUGCAAAAACCGUCCUGCUGCCAGCUGAGAAGGAGGACGCCAACGUUACCCUUCCUAUCGACGGCAACACCACCGCCCUCCCGACUUUUGAGCCAGACCCCAGUUCAGCUCUCAUGGAGAAGACCACGUACUUGUGGAGCCGUUACUGCCAGAGUACAGAGCUCAACGCCUCUUGCGACGAUUACUUCAGCACCAACAACUUCUCAAGGAUCGAUGGCAUUCCUGGUCUGGCCAGCGGAAUCAUCGCAGACAACUUGUGGAGCUCGUAUCUCAGCAAAGGAGAUGUGGUGGAGAAAAGCCUUUUGAGCUCUUCGCACGGUGUACACUUGGCGUCCACUCAGCAGCCUUACGUCUUUGCCGACAUCACCACAUCCUUCACGCUGCUGGUGGGAAUCUUCUUCCCGUCUGUCACCGGAAUCAUGGCUGGUUCCAACCGGUCGGGGGACCUGAAAGAUGCCCAGCGUUCUAUUCCCAUCGGAACCAUACUUGCCAUCCUUACCACUUCUGUUGUUUACUUGAGCAGCGUUCUUUUGUUUGGCGCCUGCAUUGACGGCGUGGUCCUCCGAGACAAGUUCGGAGACUCCGUAAAAGGGAAUCUGGUGGUGGGCACCCUCGCCUGGCCCACCCCCUGGGUCAUUGUGGUGGGUUCCUUCUUUUCCACAUGCGGCGCCGGCCUCCAGUCGUUGACAGGUGCUCCGAGACUUCUGCAGGCGAUCGCCAAGGACAACAUUGUCCCCUUCCUUCAGGUGUUUGGUCACGGCAAAGCUAACGGCGAGCCCACAUGGGCUCUGCUCCUGACGGCCCUCAUCGCCGAGCUGGGCAUCCUCAUUGCAUCUCUGGACCUGGUGGCUCCCAUCUUGACCAUGUUCUUCUUAAUGUGCUAUUUGUUUGUCAACUUGGCCUGCGCCCUACAGACCCUCCUGAGGACGCCAAACUGGAGGCCGCGCUUCUCUUUCUACCACUGGUCCUUGUCUUUUUUGGGGAUGACGAUUUGCCUUGCUCUCAUGUUCAUCUCGUCAUGGUACUACGCAAUUGUUGCUAUGGUGAUCGCAAGCAUGAUCUACAAGUACAUUGAGUAUCAUGGAGCAGAGAAAGAGUGGGGGGAUGGGAUCCGUGGCCUCUCGCUCAGCGCAGCCCGUUAUGCCCUCCUGAGGUUGGAAGAAGGGCCACCGCACACCAAGAACUGGAGGCCCCAGCUGCUUGUCUUACUCAAGCUGGAUGAAGACUUACACAUCAAGUCUCCUCGCCUGCUGACCUUAGCCAGCCAGCUGAAAGCAGGGAAAGGCCUGACCAUCGUGGGCACUGUGGUUCCCGGCAACUUCCUGCAGAGCUACGGAGACGCGCUUGCGGCGGAGCAGACCCUGAAACACCUGAUGGACAAGGAGCGUGUGAAGGGCUUCUGCCAGUGCAUUGUAGCACAAAAGGCACGUGAAGGCAUCAGUCACAUGAUCCAGUCCAGCGGCUUAGGCGGGAUGAAGCCCAACACCGUAGUGAUGGGAUGGCCUCACACCUGGAGGCAGAGCGAGGACCCGCAGUCCUGGAAGACUUUCAUCCACACAGUGCGUGUCACAACAGCCGCCCACCUGGCUCUGCUGGUGCCCAAAAACAUCUCACUGUUCCCCAGCAACAGCGAGCCGUGUGCAGAUGGCCACAUCGACGUGUGGUGGAUCGUACAUGACGGUGGGAUGCUGAUGCUGCUACCCUUCCUGCUGCACCAGCACAAGGUGUGGCGCAAGUGUGGGAUGCGGAUUUUCACUGUAGCCCAGAUGGAAGACAAUUCUAUCCAGAUGAAGAAGGAUCUGGCAACCUUCCUCUAUCACCUACGCAUUGAAGCAGAAGUGGAAGUCGUGGAGAUGCAUGACAGUGACAUCAGUGCGUACACCUACGAGAGGACCCUGAUGAUGGAACAGAGGUCAGAGAUGCUCCGUCAGAUGCGGCUGUCAAAAUCGGACCGUGAGCGAGAGGCUCAACUCGUCAAAGACCGCAACUCCAUGUUGCGACUGACCAGCAUCGGCUCUGACGACGAAGAUGACACAGACGCUGGUGAGCGGGACCGGGCAGCGCCCGGCGAUGGCUCCUCGGAACGCCACCGUCGCAUUCAGAUGACCUGGACCAAAGAGAAGGCCGCACAGUACCGGGCUACACACUCGGGAUGCUCCACGCCAGAGGGCUUUAGAGACAUGCUCAGCAUCCGACCGGACCAUUCCAACGUAAGGAGGAUGCACACUGCAGUCAAGCUCAACGAGGUGAUUGUCAACAAAUCCCAUGAUGCCCGAGUUGUACUGCUCAACAUGCCAGGACCGCCCAAGAACCCAGACGGAGAUGAAAAUUACAUGGAGUUUCUCGAGGUUCUAACUGAGGGUCUGGAGCGUGUUCUGUUGGUCCGAGGUGGGGGAAGUGAAGUCAUCACCAUUUACUCUUGACGGGGCAAUCUGCUUUUGAAAGAGCUGCCAAUCAACAGGAACUGAGGUGAGGGUUGAUCAUCGGCUGCAUUGUUACACUCAAAUCAAAGCGCCGCUCGUCACUCACUCGUCUUCGCGCUUCUCUGUUGUCACACGCCUUUCCAUUUUGCUAGCGUCAAGAAAGGCCAUGUGUUUUUGUGAGGGUUGUCGUAUGAUGUCAUCAGAAGUACUCAGGGUUUAAUUUUUGGUUUUUAUUUGUGUUAUCAAAGCAAGAUAUGUAUUUUUCACAUUUUUAUGCACUUUUUCCAAAAUAGUAAGUUAAUUUGUUAGUCAUGUCACAAGUUCACAUUUUUUACUUUUUAAGCAUUGUUUUUAAUUUUCCUCAUUUUUAACUGACAAAACAUGUUCUUAGUAGUUCUGAUGUGACACAUAAAAGUCUGACAAACAUGAAAGUGACGCACAGCCUCCCUUGCAUCCCACUGCAAUACCUUCAAUGUUACAGUUAGCUAUUGUAGUGCUUCUGGGGGGGUGUUUUCAGGCCUUCCUGAUUGAAAGGACCACUGGACCACGUGCACGUAUUUUAUGUUUAAAUGAUACACGUGUUCAUCAAAGUUGACCUGCUGAUGUUCCCUUUGUGUGUGUAAGCGUGAAUGAGAGCUUGUUGCAAAUUUAAGCUGUGAACCGCAAAGUCUUCUAUUUUGCUUUUUUCCCCCUCGUGUACUGAUUGUUUGUGUUACAAUGCAGGGAUUUUUCUUUUCAUGUUUGAUUAUUGCCUGUACAUAAAGAUUCAAAGGUGUAACUUUUUGUAUGACAUUGAUAUGAAAUGAGGCAUAAAACUUGUGCUUGAAAAUUUUGGAAAUAAAGUGAUUUUGAA